AUGUCGUUGUGGAACUUUGCUGCUGACCAUUUUCUAUCUCUUACUCCUCCCUCUCCACCCCUUAUCCCCCUUCAUGGCAAGCAGUUGCAAAUGCGGUAUCCUAAUCAGGAGUGGAUUUAUCCUGGAUCAACCAUCGACAUACGAGAAACUGGUCGUCUUCCUGAAAUUGGCACCGUGGGCUUGGACUGUAAUUCGCGCUACUUGAUCGUAUCUCUAGACCCAGAUGUUGUUCUUCCAGGGACUGGCAUUCAAACAAUUAUUCUGCAUUGGUACCAGUCAAAUUUCACAUUCAGUUGCAACGGUGCGGGAGAUUCUGGUGUCCUGAAGCCUGGCGAUGAUCAUGGUGGUGACAAACAUGAUUCAAAUACCGCGCCAUACAUCCCACCACAGCCACCGGUAGGAUCGCACCAUCGCUACGUUUUUUUGCUGUUCAAUCAGUCGCAGUCUUAUGAGUUCCCUGAUUGCUUUGAACAUAUUCCUCCUCAAACAAAGGAUGCGCGCAGCGGCUUUGAUAUUCGGGAAUUCAUGCUCGUGGCCGAGUUAGAUCCGCCUAUCGCUAUAAAUUACUUCUAUGGUCGACACACCGCGAGUCAUGACGAACAUACGUUGCCAUCUUCAAGUGUGACACAAACUUCAUUCAAAUCAUUGGAUUGUCAGAUUGGUCCCACUUCGUAA